UGGUACACACGAAGCGAAUAUUUUGACUUCGUUGUAACCAGUUACGUUGCUCCAGUAUCGGCAAAAAUCCGCCUACACCCGCAGCGCAAGACUCGCUGUCCGACCGCCGAAACCUCCUCCGUAUAUGGCUCCCCAGCCCAGUCGAAACUCUUAAGUGUACCAACUAUUCACAUCCUGAUGAUUGGCUCAUUUUGGAAUUUGUGCAGAGCUUGUCCAAGCAUGCCAGUGGAUAAGUUGCACUCCGAGUACCGUAGCACUUAUAGAUGGCAUGAAUACACCGGCCCUAGGCAGGAGGUGGUUAGGAAACCCCCUCAAGCGACCACCGUAGAAAAAUCGAACGACAUACACCCAGUGAGAACGAGCGACGAUGAUUUCCACACCGAAUCCUUGUCUAAAUUGGAACCAGCAAUGCCUAGAAGGAAGAAGUACCCGGAUUUGGCAUACAGGCACCACGAGUUUUUGGUCAGCGAUGGAGUGAACGGAGACUGUGGCAGCGUCGAUAGGGCCAGGUCGGAAGAGCGAGGUGGCGCCAACUUCAGACCUUCUCGACGUAGCAAGUCGGAAGGUCCUGCGCGUAAUGGCGUCAACGACAGCAAACGGGAGCGGGAACCUCGCAGGGAAUCUGACCCUGAUGUGGAGAAUAUGGGUAAAGAUACCGGUCUUUUUAGAAAGGCUAUCGAAAAAAUUAGUACUGAAUACCGUUUACAAUUUGCCUGGCCUCAAUCUCAUAUAUCCAGACGGGAUGCUACCGAUUCGGCUCCCAAGAAAUCCCAAUCUAUGGGAGCACUGAAAGCCAAUGCUAACGCAGCUAUGGUUCAUAAAAAACGAAUGGACUUAGAAAACAAAGAUGCUAGUGAAUUGGAACCUUUAGUUAGUGACAGAAACAGUCAGGAUAAACCAAAGGAAGACUUUAACUCUGAAUACAAGAAGAAUUAUAGGCCAUUUACUGAGUACGCAGAUAAAUGCGUCAAGGCUGGAAUGACCAAUAAUAUCGAAGAAAACGGAUUGCAUCAUGAUGAUACCGAAAAGGACAUUUGGUAUCGUCAGGUUGUAGCGUUAAGGAAAAAAGCUGGUGAAUAUAAGAAUCGUGGAUGGGGAAGUGAGCUGGCAACCGAUAGACUUUCCGAUUUGUAUAAUAGGCAAGUGGAAUUGUGGGAUCAAGUCUCGCGUAGAAGUUCAUUGUCUGCUCUAUCUUUGGCUUCUAUGACCCACAAGUCAUACACCAAAGAAGAGAAAGAGGAAGACAACAAUAAAAAGAGCUCCCCAUCAAAAGCUUACAGAAACGCCGAGAAUAAUGCUCGAAUGAUUAGAGAUAUUAUACGUCAUCAUUUAGAAAGAACUACUGGUGGCUCAGAAUUGGAUGGUCUAAUUUUGUCUCCAACUAGAGAAAAAUUAGAGCCAACCAUUCCGAGGAAGGACGAUGACAGCCGUGGUUCGCAGAAAAAUAGCCCCAAGAAAAAUUCCCCAAUGAAGUCUUCAUCUUUAAAGAGAACUAAUCAAAAGGCAACUAAAGGUGGGAACAAGAAAUUACGGUCCCAAUCGGUUGGACCAAUAACUGAUUCUAAUGCCGAAAAGAAGUCACCUAAACGUCAGUCUAGGUCCGCAACCGUUAAAGAACGAAAAUCUUCGGGUACACCGUCUGCCAAAAGACCCCGACCCUCAUCCUUGAACACCACUGUCUCAUCCCGGUCUAAAAACAGUACAGUAGCCUCUAAAAACGAAGAUGUCCAAUUGGCCAAACCAAAUACAAAAACGCAAACUAGUAACGAUUCAUCUAAGCAAAAAGUAGGCGCUAAAGAUAUCAGAAAAGGAAGUCAAGGAGCGGAUGGAACUAAAGCCGAGAACACCACUACAAUAGAAACGAAAAUAUCAGCCGAGGAAUCGCAACUGGACAGUUUGACCUACGAGCCCGUAAUCAAGUCACCACCGGAACCUACAAGAGUCAAAUCGCCAGAGCAGAUCCUGAUGAGAUCGCCCGAUCCCGUCAACUGGACCGUGCCAUUAGACACUGGGAAGACCUUCACGGUGACCCAGAACGUCAGGGAAGGUGACUCAACUAACAGGCCAAGGAGUGAAGUAAACGCUUACACUCCGCCAGAUAUUCCGCCACCGGUGGCGCAGUCCGCUCCUCCAACUCUUCAUGAUCAAAAUAAAGAACAGGGAAUGGCAUAAGCAACCCGGUUUCUGCUUACAGUAUUCGAUUUGGUUAUGUUGCUUUAGGUAUGGAUUUAUAGCAGAUCAAUUCGGGAAAGGCGGAUCAUCAAUGCACAGGCAAGUAAAUCCCGGGAAGCAUAACCAAGACUAGUCCUAAUUUGAACAGUUUGGAUUUACAGUAUAAGGCCUGUCCUCAAGUUAGAACCAAUGAUAUGUGAUAGCCAAGAAUAGAGUUCUACAGUUAACUCGACAGGGUAGUAGCCAAACAAUGGAUAUAUACGGCUAUACCGUGUUACAUUGUUAAGGGCCCUUGUUUAAUCAAGUAAAUUCAUUAUUCGAAACCUUAAUAUUUUUUGAAAAAUAUUCAUGUUAGACUAGUUUUUUAUCUAAUAAGAUUUUAUAGCGUUUACGUUAUUAACGUUGGGCCUUAAAGUUGAGUGAUGACCGUUCCUGCUGGAGGCAUUUCUUAAAAUGUCGCCGUCAUGUUGAAAAGUGAAUGUUUAUAGUUAAUUUGCUUAAUUAAAUAAAUCUAAAACAAUGCUCGAUCCUGAAAACAACCUUUCUGACCUGUAUCUCGCUUGACUCAUCCAAACUUUCGAAAGCUUCGUUCACUGCCACAAUAUACAGUGUGAUAGUAGGUACUAGACGAUAAAGUUUUGGAUACGAGUCAACUGACUGCUUCCACAGUCUUACCCAAUGAUGAUCAUCAUCAGGUAUCCAUAUACGUAAUAGAAUAUUACAUAUAUCGUGACCCACAAGUAAAAUUUCUACAACAUAUCUUAGCAAUUGAAUAUGUCGUAACUAUACUGAAGGAAACAGAUUCUAAAUCUUCUCGUAAUCAUCUAUACAUGAGCUUAAGGUCGUCCAUUUAGCGUUGUGUCUCCCAGUUCUCCAUUGCUGGGAGAUCCACAAUCAUCAGAUCGCUAUUUUUCUAUUGACUGUCAACUGGGACAAGCCGAACAAAGUUUUAACAAAUAGCAGUAUUAAUUUCUGAUCUCAAGGAACGUCCAUAUGUACCUGUUUUACAUCAGUACUAUUGGUUCAUCAUUUUUUGGCAAAUCCAUAUUGUCUGGGAGGAAUACCAUCUGUCCAUGACAAACCCGUCCCGUUUAAGUCCUAGACUUCUAAGGUUAUCAAAUAAGGCAACUCAAAGAAGGCGUCCUGUUCCUGUUGACAGUGUUCGUAGUAGUUUUUCAGAGGGUAAUUUUCAGGUGAUUGAGUGUCUACUAAAAAGUAUAGUUAAACUGUUUUUGUGCUGUCAAUACAGUACCAGUUACCAGUGAAAGAACUAUAUGUGUAAGCUCGUUAAUUGAAUAUAUCUUGUAGAUAAAUUUAGCUUGAUAGCGUAAUGACUAUUCUAAGGAUACUUAUAAAUAUGUCCAUAUUUAAUAAUGCUAUAAUAAACAGACUUAACAGAAACACAUUCUGCUAUAUGUCUGUGAAUAGGUUCCUACAAGUAUUAUUGUAAUUUGUUUUAUUGAUUAAACAACCUUAACAGUGAAUGUAUCAUGGUAUUUUGCAGUUUUGCUGUCCUCUUUUUGCCAUUUUUACGCCCAGCUUUACCAUUUUUGUAAACAAAAUAAAAUUGCUUAUGUUCCAUGCUGUCCAUCUAUAUACCGAGUCCGUCAAGAAUGCAGGAAAUUUUGUUCCAAAACUUUACUUCUUAGCUACAUGGACGUCCCAAUUUUAAUAAAAAACGUGAUCGAUCUCUUAUCAGUGCACUGUGUUUCAGCCGCCAUAAGACAGAAAAUAAACUAUUAUGGUUGAUAUAUAUUCAUAUAUUUUGUGUAGAUGCGUUUGCUUUCAACUUAUUGUUAUUUUAGGGUACAUCGAACGCACGUAUAUUAUUUAUUAUUAAGAACAGUAAAGAGUUAUAUAAAGUUUCUGUUAA